AUGUCAAUCGAUAUCGCGGCCCUGCAGGACAAUACCCUCGCCAAAUCCAGCCGGAUCAUGCUGCAGGAAUCCAUCCUCGCCACUAUCCUUUUCUGCGAUUGGAACGUCCGCGCGUGGACAUUCCUCGAGUCCAUGCAGGGCCGCGCAAAGAUCUUUUUCCUCUGCAAGCACAACAACAUCUUCUCGCUACGGGAGAUCCUCGAGGCCGUCAUGCGUGAUGGUCAACUCGAUAUAGGCGUUGCCUUCCUAUCGGCUCCGCACUUACUGCCUGCGUCGGUACCCAAGGAACCCUUCGAAGAAGUGGAUCGUGUAAAGGAGGACGAGAGCCUUUCUGGCGAGUCCUCAGACCUUGAUGAUCGCGACCAUCCGGACUAUAACAAAAAGCUCGUAGAGGCAGCUGCCUGUCUUCGGUACCGGCCUGCCUCUCGUAAUGGAGACGCCUUUGUCAUCUGGACAAUCCUCGCCGGCACGCCCACUCUGAGCUCCGCCGAGCACUUUUGGAAAGCCAGGGAAGGAUCCCUCCUGUCAACGGCAUUUCCCAUGUCCGGGGCCUCUCGUGUCAACGCCAGGGGACUGAGCUGGGCACCCUCCGAUCCAACGUCAAGCCCAGUGCCCGACUUGUUCAAUCCGCAUAGUCGCGCCCAUCCCGAAGCGGAGAUGAUGGACGCCCACAAAGGCGAGAUCAAAGACGUUGGGCUCUCGGCUUCGUGGGACGUCUUCCAGUUCGAGUGGCCUGCCCAAGGAGCUGAAGCAGUGGGCGAAGACACAGCAUCAGUAAAGAAACUCGGUGAAGCUGUGAGUCGUCAACUGCAUCGCACUAGGCGCAAACUAGCUCUACUGCGCCCUCUCAUGCAAGAUUUCUCUCGCACGAAAGGAUUCCGUAUCGAGCUCAGGAGUAAGUCAGUCCUUCCAUUCGUUGCUGUCUGCGAGUUUGUUGCGGAGGAUGGCGGGUGGAGAUGGCUCGGGGUUCGAGGGCUGGAUUUGAACUAUCUUAUGCAUAGAUUCAGCCCGGAGCAUGUGCUGUUGGUUUAG